AUGGAAUGCAGGUCUAAUAAUUUACAUAUUAUCGAUUUAUGACAAUCAUGCACUGUCCAUCCAGUCCAUAACAACUGUGCGGUGUCCAAGCAUGUCUUCUCUAGUCCUCAGCUUCUGUUAGGAGUAACUGAUGAUGAUGCAUGAUGAUGGCAUUUAAUUAGCCAGAGAAGCAAACACACAUCUGGUUGCACAAAACACAUUUUCUUCCGUGCAGAUGUUUAUUUAAUUUCCCUCAGCCGCGCGUCCAAGAAUAACACGCACGAAAACGCGCAUUUGUAGGAAGUAAACAAAGUAGCUGCUCAGUAAACGGUACCGCUGCGCGCGCAUUUGCACUUUUACGACGGAAGUGCAACGGCUGAAACCCGGAGGAAAGCGACAACGGGAGUGAAAACUAAGCGGAAUUGGUCAAUGAGAGGGAGGAGAGAGCGAGAGUGAAGGAGUGUGUGCGACAGGGAGGCUGAUGGACGCUGGGGCCGAGGUGGACGUGGCGGGUCCGGCAGGGGUUUGAUGUGGGUUCCGCUUACGGGGUGCUGACGGCCGAAAAAAUUAAAUAAAGCAAUGAACAGGAGCCAGGAGAAUCACCGUUGUUCCUAACCCAAGCCAGAGGUUGCAGCAGUGAUAAUUCCCUCUCAGGAACCCCGCUUUUAUUUCUGUGAACAUAAGAUAUAUUACUCAUAACAGAGGUUUCGGUCAGGUGGUGGAGUAGUUUCCACCAGGAUGGCAGAGUUGGAGACAGAAUGCAUCACUUUAGGACUAAAUAAUUUGGUGUCAGAGUGUGGCACGCCGCCACUUGACCCUCUACAAGCAGAGUGCACCACCCCAACCCUGACCAUGCUGUCGUCAGAAUGUAGCACGCCAACGCUCAGCUCACUGGCAUCUGAGAUUGUGGAGCCCAUGGCUAUGCUACCGUGCAUCAAAAGCGAGCCCGACCUCGACCUCAACCCCAUCUGCACGGUUGACCUGUCCGUGAUCCAGCCCCUGAGCACGGCCGAGCUGGCCUCCGAACAGAUCAAGAUGGAAAUCAGCGGCCUCGACUACAUAAAAUCAGAGCACCACAGCGACCUCCAUUCCUUCCACAGCACGGAGCUGGACUCCUACAAGUCACACUACGAACCCAGUCUGGUGUUCGACUACAUCACUCACGUCUCGGACAGCUUGGAGUACAUCAAGUUGGAGCAACACUCGGACCUCCACAGCUACUACGCCAGCGAGCUCGGCGCCUUCAAGACCGAGUACGAACCCAUCCUCAUGUCCAGCCACAUCAAGACCGAGAUGAACGGCUUGGAGUCCAUUCACAUGGCGGAGCUGCGCACCGAACUCAACAAGCUCCGGCCCGAUACGGUCAUCGACAGCAUGGGGAAAAUGGACUCGGACUUCCAAUCUGGAAACCUUUAUGAACUGACGUCUGUCCAGGCGAACAAAACGACUGCCACGCACAACCAAACCAGCACAAAAGGCCAAGCGCUGACUCCACGCAAACCUCGCAACCUCACAGGUGAGAAGCCGUUUUCUUGCACUCAAUGCGGGAAGAACUUCAGCACUCUGGGUAACCUGAAGACUCACCAACGCAUCCAUACCGGCGAGAGGCCUUACACCUGCUCCCAGUGCGGGAAGAGCUUCGGACAGGCUGGGAACUUGAAAAGACACCAGCUCAUCCACACGGGGCAAAAACCUUACACUUGCGCGCACUGCCCAAAGGGUUUCACCAAGGCGGACGACCUCCGCUCGCACCAGCGACUGCACACGGGCGAGAAGCCGUUCAGUUGCGCCGAGUGCGGUAAGAGCUUCGGUCAAACGAAGGAACUCAAAGCCCACCAGUUGAGCCACACGGGAGAGCGGCCCUUCUGCUGUUCGCUGUGCGGCAAGAGCUUCACUAAAGAGAUGAGUUACCGCAAUCACCAGCAAAUCCACACAGGCGAGAAGCCCUACAGCUGUUCCCAGUGUGGCAAAACUUUCAGCAAUUCAGGGGUCCUCAGAACACACGAGAAGAUUCACUCCGGGGAAAAACCGUUCGGCUGCACCCUGUGCGGCAAAAGUUUCGGUCGCUUGGGACAUCUUAAAGCACACCAGCAAACUCACACGGGCGAACGGCCGUACAUUUGCCAGCAUUGCGGGAAGAAUUUUAGCCAAUCAGGUCAUCUCAAAGCACACGAGCAGAUUCACAAAAGAGAACAGCCCGAUCUUAGCAGUGCCAGCAGUGGCAGCAAUGAUAGUAGCUGAAAGAAACCUCAUCAUGUCUCAAAACUGUGACUGAUUUUCUCUUAUGAAAGUGUCUACGUUCAGGAUCGGUGAGCUUACAGAGAGUCUUUGUAUCUUGUCUGAUCUGUGUUGUAGUGAGUGCCGCUCUAGUUUCUUUCCUCCUGGAAAAUACUUGUUUGUAUACGUUUAUUGAUAAUAUGUAAUUCUUUAACCCUGUACUGGAAUGGAUUAUUAAAGAAAAUAAUGUAAAAACAACAACAUCAAAAAUAUAUAUAAAUAUAUCUGCUGUUAUUUUUAUUUAUUUAUUUACUUUGCUCUUAUUCAAAAUACAAACAUGCAUUUGCUUCAUUUGGGAACCAUUUGUAAUCGAGUUCCUGUAUUCCUAUUGUGCAUUUGGAGAAGUUUCUCACCCAUCUCUUUAUUAACAGCAGUGUCUGAUAAAUGCUAAUGCAAAAUGGUUGGUAGCAUAACACAACAGAAGGAAUGUUUACUAUAAAGUUAAAGGUAUAGUACACCCAAAAAUGAAAAUACUUUUCAUAAUUUACUCACCUUUAAGUUCCAAACUUGAGAUGUGUGUGUGUGUAUGAGUUUUUUUUGUUGUUGUUGAUGUUUUGUUGAGCACAAAAGAAGAUAUUUAGAAAAAUGUUGGUAACCAAAUAGUUGACUGUAGCCAUUGACUUCCAUAGUAUAUUUUCCCAUCAAAUGAAAGUAAAUAGGUACCAUCAACAGUAUGGUUACCAGUAUUCUUCAAAAUAUCAAUUGUGUUCAACAACUUAAAGAAACUAAAACAGGCUUGGAACAAGUUGAGGGUGGAGUAAAUGACAGAAUUAUAUCCUUAAAGGGAUAGUUGCACCCCAAAAAAUAGAAAUUGCCACAUAAUUUAGUCCCCCCUCAAACCUUGCUGUAAAUUAUUCUUUCAGACAAAUAUAAUCUGAGUUUUAU